GCAAAAACACGCUCAGGCAGAACUAAAUAGACAAUUAUCCGCUAUAACGCGAAAAGAAAAAAAAAGUCAAAGCAUCACCUCGGCUUUUUUCAUAUUUAUCGAACCUCCUAGUAUCCACAACCAAAACAACCCGCUUAUCCUUAAUUACUACUCAUUUUGCCUUUUACUGAUACUGCUUGCGGCUCUGCAAACAUGGCGACCUUGCGGUCGAGGAAGUUUCUAAGUUGCUUCUAUUGCGGUAGAAGGUCUAGAUUACGAUUCGAAGGCCAAAAAUCAUUUCUCUGUCUGAACUGCGAUGCGACAAAUUGGUUAGAUGAAUAUGGAAGUAUUACUGAUCCCCCUACGUCGUCGUCCGCCGAGCGCCCUCAGGUCCAGUUCGCUAUUCCUCGUUCAUCGGUACCCCGCUCGCCAACGCGAUCAAUAUCCCCGAAUGGCGCAGGCUCUGAGGAUUCGAUCUUUUGCGGUACAUGCUUAAGAAACCAGCAUAUGCUGACGAGUUCGCUCGCGCAAUUCGAGUGGCCGGAUGACCAUAACAGUGCCGAAUAUGCUGCCCGAGAGAAGCGAUAUUGGGCCCUUCGAAGGGAUCUUGAGAAAAGAUACCCUCAGAUGUGUGCUGUUUGUGAACCCAAGGUAGAGAAGAAGCUGCACGAAGCAAGCUACACAGCGCAAACCGACCACCUACGCCGAAUGAUGGACCGUACGCGGUCGAGUCGACAGGAAGUGAAGAGGCGAGGAAUUCUAGACGCCGUCGACUGGGCGGGGAGAUGGAUAUGGAAUCUUGGCUUCGCACUCCAGUUCAUAUGGCACAUCGCUAUGCUUUGGUCUCUUGUUGUAGGACUAUACGGUCUAAGCGGAACAGAUUCGCGGAUGACUAGGAUUUUGAAGAGCGUACAUCAGUACGGCAACAACCGAUUACCUCGCACAGAUCAACUCAUGCAAUGGGCGAUUGGUUUCGGAUUAUGUUCACUUCCGUGGAAUCCGCGCUUCAAACAGACGAUACGGGGCUUUACGGCGCAUUAUCUCGGAUUCAAGCAUUGGUACACGUACCAAUUUCUUAUAUUAUUGGUACGAUAUGCCGGCCUCUCGAUGGCACAGUACAGCUCCUCAGAAGGGCUGCAGAUGCCAGCCCAACUAGGCGCACAACUCGCCAUAGCUUUAUUGAUGACCAUUAUCUAUCACGCAUCGCGGAAGUCUAUUCGUACAGAUACGACACCUCUCUUUCGACCUCGUCAGAAGGUAAAUAGUUCGCAAAAGUCCCCAGUUGCGUCAAAAUCGCAUAGGGAUCAAAACGACCUUGGCAGCAUACUGGAUGAAAUAUCCCAAUCACGUGUUGAGCCUGCACCAUAUUCUCCAGAAAGUCCGAACGCUUAUCAAACAACCGCGGAUAAUAUGCCCUUCGCUGGCUCCUUUAGUAGCUCUUUUAGUAGACCGCACGAAAACGGGGGGACUUCUGGUCCAUCUUUCAGUUCUAUGCGUCUAUCCGACCCUGUCAUAGUCAAAAAGCCGGAGCCUAAGACAGUUCACUACGAGGAAGAAAUGGAUUGGACGCCGUCCGCUUCACAGCACCGAGCGUUUAGCUCAUACAAUCCGUAUAAGGUGAAGAACACUAACCCACGCUUUAGCGAUGUCCCCAUAGAGGCCAAAUCUGGGCCCAUCUGGUACAAGGUACCUCCAGCACCUACCACUCCCGCACAGAAGCUACGCAACCCUCCCAUGCGCCCGAUUAUUAGAGAAAGCCCAAAGGAGGUAAAGGAGAACUUCUUCCAAAGCACAGCCAGGGGACCUCUAGACAUGGGAUCAUCGAUUCAAGGCAGCUUGUCAGAUAUCAACUUUGCCGAACCAAAAUUCUUUGCGCCGGAAGAUAAAGACGAUCCGCGAGAUAAUCUCUCGAGGAUGUUUGCGAGUUCGUUCAGCAUUAGUCCAGAUCCAGAUGAAGAGAGGUAUCGAAACCCUAGGCGCGCGGCUACAAAUUCUGUCUUCGGUAUUCGCCAGAGCGCCCGUGGUGCAACAGAUAGACAAAACCACCGUGUUACGCGUUUCGUAGAGCUAUUCGUGCUCGCCGGGGCGCUCUACGCGUGGGUUUCAGCUUUGAAAACGGAUGAACCUUAUGGCCUUAGCCUUGCUCUAACUUCGAUUAUUGCCUGUCUUAUCGUCUCUAUUCGACUUGCUGCCGAUCUACAAGUUGACAUUCAGCUUAGAGAAGGGAAACAGCCCCCAAUGUUUUCUCCGUCGUGGGCGAAUUUGGGGUUGGCGCAGGUAAUAUCGUCACUCAUCCUUGCGUGGAGUAUCUGGUCAGGAAUUGGGACCAAAUCUCCCUGGAGUACAUAUGGCAGUGCUCAUAUUGCAACUGUGUUCGUUCAUCACAUGGUGCAUAUCUUCUUAUAGGAAUUAUAGC